AUGUCCGCAACUUUUGUACAACUCUGUUUCUCUAUAACCUGCAUUUCCUUAAUCUCCACAAAGUUUAUCCAUCUAUCCACCAAUGUCAAGAAUAUCUCCCCUGUCGCCUUCAUCUUAUUUCUGCCAUCGUUGCUUCUUUCAGAUGUCUUCAUCAUUAGUCUUUCGCGUCAGGCAUUAAGACCCAAGACAGGCGCGACUUUAGUCAACACUGUCUGCAUCCUAUGCUGCAUCCUCUCUAUCGUCUUUUGGGGAGCUGCGUCUUCGCAACUUGGUUUCUUUUAUGAAACUGGAAAUGAGAUAAGAUGGACUGAAGCAUUAAGCUAUGCAGGUGAUAAGAACGGCAUAAAGAUUCUGCUGAGUGGUAUUCAUACUGUCUUGGCAUUCGGUAUUCUUAUCCUUGCUAUCGCUUGGGUUACGAAGUGGUACCUUUACAGAGCUGCGGGUGAACUUUGCUUCAGGGUUGGGGCGCCCAUAACCUAUUUAUGGUCAUUACUCAAACAUUCCAGGAUAUAUAGAGGUCACCGUUUUACUCGCUAUGUAAAAGUCAGCCAGGAUCCUUCUAGAUCCGAUAGCAGCUUUGAUGAGAGCGAAAACAGAGACGACAUUGAAAAAAGCCCCGUGCUUGAUUCUGAGCAUCCCCAGGACGAAGCGUCAGUUCAACCUCCCCAUUGGGGCAUCAUUGCGACUAUCGGAGGCUUCUUGGCCCUGACAACUGUUUGUCGUCCAUCCACUCCCUACAACAUGAUGUCGGUGACCCUCCCUUUUGCCUUAUUGGAGAUGUUCAAGCCAGUGCCUGAUAUAUGUGCCGAACAAGCUGCACUGAAUGGAAAUAAGUGGCCACUUCCCAGCCUCGUUGAAAAAUCAAAAUGGGAAAAUCCCAAGGGGCACUUCAAAGGAUGGGCUCCAGGCAGCAACAAGUAUAUCAGGCAGUAUAGAGACACAAUCCCCAAAUGGCUCCCAGAAGUAGUCCCUUCUGGCUUCCUCAAGUGGUCUCCACAAAACACAACUCAGACCAAGAAUAACCAAAGCUGUUUUGGCGCCGAGGUUGACGGAACCUUUUAUAACCCGGUCAACGACCCUCUGAAAAUCACGAACCUUGAUGACAGCAUAUUGGACGUCUUGCAGAAUGCGUUCAAAAACGAAACCGUCAAGAUCCGACACGUCGCGUUAAUCUUGAUGGAGAGUUAUCGAGAGGAGCUCUUCCCUCUUCAACAGGGCUCUGAUUAUCACCAGAUGAUCAUGAAGUCCCAUGGGGACGCAGACGAAGAUGAGAUCAAUGCACGAUUAUCUAAGCUAGGCCCAGUUGCCGAAAGGAUCACGGGCAAGUCUGGGAACUUUAAGAAAAAGGACGGGUCGAAUUUCGGCCCUGUUGUAAUACCAGAGUGGAAUGAUACAACACAGGACGGAUUUGGUGGUAUCAAUAUAGUUGGCGGUCUCACAACAUCCUCGGUGUCAGUCAAGAGCCUAGCCACAACUCUCUGUGGUGCUUGGUCAAUGCCAGUUGACAAAUUUGAAGAGUCAGAGACGCAGAGCUAUCAGCCUUGCAUUCCUCAGAUUUUAGAUCUCUUCAAUAACAUCAAGGAGAAUAAGUCAACCGGCGACUUUACAGAACUGCAGUGGGUACCCGCGUUUUUCCAGUCUAUCACGGAUGGAUAUGAUCGACAGGACAAGUUCGACAAGAAGAUCGGCUUCAAAGAAAUUAUUACGAAGAACCGGUUAGAACAUGACGCCAAGGAGGGUGAGGAGCUGGAAGAGAUCAACUAUUUCGGAUACGCCGAGACAACACUGAACUCGCACGUCAGGGAUUACAUCAAGCAAGUGCAAGAAGAAGGCAAGCGAAUGUUUCUUUCACACUUUACGAGUACCACCCAUCACCCAUGGGGGGUACCAAAAUCCUUUAACUCAACCGGUUAUCUUAAUACAAAAGAUAAUAUGGGAUGGCAUGAGGAUUUUAAUAAGUAUCUGAACGCAAUGCGCUUUACCGAUGCCUGGCUUGGAGAAUUUUUGCAAAUAUUUGAUGACCUUGGUAUUUCAAAUGAGACGCUUAUUGUCUUUGUCGGAGAUCACGGCCAGGCAUUCCAAGAAGACAUUCCCUCUAAAACAGGCACAUACGGGAAUGGCCACAUCAGCAAUUUCCGUGUUCCAAUCACCUUCAGGCACCCCAAUAUUCCUCGGGUUCAGUAUAACGCAAACGCUACCUCGUUAUCAAUCCUCCCAACUAUCUUUGACCUCCUGAUUAACACUCACUCACUUAAUACGAAGGAUACAGAGGUUGCUUCUGAACUUCUUUAUGACUACGAAGGCCAAUCCUUAAUCCGACCAUACAAGAACUCGCAUAACGGCCGACGCGCAUGGAACUUUGGCAUUAUCAACGGAGGGGGGAGCUUGCUGUCGGUGACAUCGGCAGAUGCCCCUUGGAGGCUUGUGCUACCUCUAGACGACAAGUCCGAGUAUCGGUUUACGGACUUAAAAAACGAUCCUCUUGAACUCAAGCCUCUUGAGAAAUGGUCCAAGGAUGACCUAGUUAGCACUGUUAAGUCAAAGUAUGGCGAGGAUGCUUCGCAGUGGGUUGUUGAAGCAGAGGCUGUAACUCGGUGGUGGGGUCUGGAACGUAAGCGUCUUUGGGGCUAUAAUCGUGGAGAGUCGGGGAAUAAGAAGAAAGAGGAUUAG